AUGAUUAUAGUUUCUAAUCUGCUUUCUGUUACAGUGGUACACGGUCAGCAUGGCUCAGGAGUGACUUACUCUUCUACUCACAUCUGUGCCCCUAAAGGAUCAACAGUGGACAUACCUUGCACCUACACAUAUCCACCCAGAUGGAAUGAGUGUGAUGUGGUUGCUGCUUCCUGGUUCAGAGAAAUGAAUGGAAAUGACCCUGUGGACCUGAGAUCAGACUCAGACUACACAGGUCGUGUGGAGUAUCACUUUUAUGUGAACGGCUGCACUCUGAGAAUCAAAGACCUGAGAGAGAGCGACUCAGCUGAGUACAAGUUCACACUGAGAACAAACAAACCGGAUCAGAGCUUGACUGGGUCACCUGGAGUUUCUUUGUCUGUCACAGCUCUACAGGUGCGGGUGACCAAAAUUGACUUGUAUGCUGUCACUGCAGAGCUGAAGUGUCACAGCAGCUGCAGUCCAGCUGGUCAGCUGUCCUACAUCUGGUUCAAGAGCGGAGAGAAGAUUCAGAAAGAAACGUCUUCGGUUUCAGUAUCCUUAGAUACGGAACACAGCUACGCCUGUGCUCUGAAAGGACAUGAGGAUUCCCCUUCUCCUUCAGUGUCUAUGCAGGUGCAGGUAACCUCGGUAACAGUCCACCAGGAUUACACUGAAGCAGUGCUGAGGUGUCACCACAGCUGCCCUCCUGCUGGUGACAUAUCAUACAUCUGGUUUAAGAAUGGAAAGGAAAUCCAAAAUGAGGAAAAGUCCUCUCAUGAGGACCGGUUUUACCCAGGAGACUUCAUCUCUUGUGCUGUGAGAGGACUUGAGAAGUCUGUCUCUCCCUCAGUGUAUGCUCUGAAGGCUCCCUCUGUGUCGGUAAGUCCUCCUGGUGGAAUAACGAAUGGCAGUUCAGUCACUCUGAAAUGUAGCAGUGAUGCUAACAGAGAAGCUAACUACACCUGGCUCAAGAGGAACCAAUCACUGCCUAGUGAAGAACCACAGCUUGUCUUCACUUCCAUCCAGCCCUCUGACUCUGGAGAGUAUCGCUGUACAGCUGAGAACGAGCUGGGAAAGAGAACAUCUGAACCCGUCUUCAUUGAUGUCAAAUAUGCUCCACAGCUUCCCUCUGUGUCAGUGAGUCCCUCUGGUGAGAUAGUGGAGGGAAGUUCAGUGAAUCUAACCUGCAGCAGUGAUGCUAACCCAGCAGCUAACUACACCUGGUACAAGGAGAAUGAAGACUCACCAAAAGCAUCAGGCCCAGUCUUCACCAUCACUGAAUCCAGAGCUGAACACAGUGGGAAUUAUUACUGUGAAGCCCAUAAUGGAAUAGGACGUCAGAACUCCACCUUAUUUCUGAUUGUUGUGUCAGUGCCCAAGACGGGAAACAAGGUUGAGCUUGGGAUAUUGAAUUGGGAAGCCGGUUAUGCUUAA